AUGUUAAACCUGGAGCAGCGGUUCACAGGCUUUAAGAUUAUCCUGCUGUGGGUGGAGGAAGUUGUCUCGGUUCCGAGAGUGUGGAAUACAGUGGAAGAACAAACGACCGGGAGGCUCGGCCUCGUUGGGGGGAGAGGGGGUCGGCCGGGGAGGGGUGGGGGCUGCCGAGACGGAGGCGGCCAGCAGGUGCCUGGGCUCCAGCCCCCUACCCCCACCCUCACCCCCUCCCUCAUCCUAACCCCGAGCCUGGCCUCGCCCCCUGGCGGGCGAGCGCUAGGUGCCGAGGAGCGGGGGUGGGGGGCGCAAACCCCGCAGGCAGCGGGAAAGAGGCCGAGGGGGGCACCGGGAGGUUGGCACCCGUCCGCACGCACCCUCCGGCCGCAGCCCCGGGAACAUGUCCGCGGCCGGCGCGCGGAGCGGAGCCCCGGGGAGGAGAACCGGGGGAGGGCGUGUGCAGCCGCGGCGGCCGCAGCGGAGCCGCUAACGGCAGUGGCGGCGGCGGGCACGGCCGAAGGACCGGGAGGCGGCGGCUCGGCCCGUAUCGCCGUGAAGAAGGCGCAACUGCGCUCGGCUCCGCGGGCCAAGAAACUGGAGAAACUCGGAGUGUACUCCGCCUGCAAGGCUGAGGAGUCCUGUAAAUGUAAUGGCUGGAAAAACCCCAACCCUUCUCCCACUCCCCCCAGAGCUGAUCUGCAGCAAAUAAUUGUCAGUCUAACGGAAUCCUGCCGGAGUUGUAGCCAUGCUCUAGCUGCUCAUGUUUCCCACCUGGAAAAUGUGUCAGAGGAAGAAAUGAACAGACUCCUGGGAAUCGUGUUGGAUGUGGAAUAUCUCUUUACCUGUGUCCACAGGGAAGAAGAUGCAGAUACCAAACAAGUUUAUUUCUAUCUAUUUAAGCUCUUGAGAAAGUCUAUUUUACAAAGAGGAAAACCUGUGGUUGAAGGCUCUUUGGAGAAGAAACCCCCAUUUGAAAAACCUAGUAUUGAACAGGGUGUGAACAACUUUGUGCAGUACAAAUUUAGUCACCUGCCAGCCAAAGAAAGGCAAACGAUAGUUGAGUUGGCAAAAAUGUUCCUAAACCGCAUCAACUAUUGGCAUCUGGAGGCACCGUCUCAGCGAAGACUGCGAUCUCCCAAUGAUGACAUUUCUGGCUACAAGGAGAACUACACAAGGUGGCUGUGUUACUGCAACGUGCCCCAGUUCUGUGACAGUCUACCUCGGUAUGAAACCACCCAGGUGUUCGGGAGAACGCUGCUGCGCUCAGUCUUCACAGUCAUGAGACGACAGCUCCUAGAACAAGCGAGGCAGGAAAAAGACAAACUGCCACUCGAGAAGCGAACUCUAAUCCUCACCCACUUCCCAAAGUUUUUGUCCAUGUUAGAAGAAGAAGUUUAUAGUCAAAACUCUCCCAUCUGGGAUCAGGAUUUUCUCUCAGCUUCUUCCAGAACCAGCCAGCUCGGAAUCCAAACAGUUAUCAGCCCACCACCUGUAGCUGGGACCAUUUCAUAUAAUUCAAACUCAUCUUCCCUUGAGCAACCUAAUGGAGGGAGCACCAGUCCUUCCUGCAAAGGCUCUUCUGGGCUUGAGGCAAACCCAGGAGAAAAGAGGAAAAUGAAUGACUCUCAUGCCUUGGAGGAGGCCAAGAAACCACGAGUUAUGGGGGAUAUUCCAAUGGAAUUAAUUGACGAGGUCAUGUCUACCAUCACAGACCCUGCAGCAAUGCUUGGACCAGAGACCAAUUUGCUGUCCGCACAUUCAGCCAGGGACGAGGCAGCGAGGCUGGAGGAACGCAGGGGUGUGAUCGAAUUUCACGUGGUGGGCAAUUCCCUGAACCAGAAGCCCAACAAGAAGAUUCUGAUGUGGCUGGUCGGUCUCCAGAACGUGUUCUCGCACCAGCUGCCCCGGAUGCCAAAGGAGUACAUCACUCGGCUGGUCUUUGACCCGAAACACAAAACUCUUGCCCUAAUUAAAGAUGGCCGUGUUAUUGGUGGUAUCUGUUUCCGUAUGUUCCCGUCCCAAGGAUUCACAGAGAUUGUUUUCUGUGCUGUAACCUCAAAUGAACAAGUCAAGGGCUACGGAACACACCUGAUGAAUCACUUGAAGGAAUAUCAUAUAAAACAUGACAUCCUGAACUUUCUCACAUAUGCAGAUGAAUAUGCAAUUGGUUAUUUCAAGAAACAGGGUUUCUCCAAAGAAAUUAAAAUACCUAAAACCAAAUAUGUUGGCUACAUCAAGGAUUAUGAAGGGGCCACUUUAAUGGGAUGUGAGCUAAAUCCACGGAUCCCAUACACAGAAUUUUCUGUCAUCAUUAAGAAGCAAAAGGAGAUCAUUAAAAAGCUGAUAGAAAGAAAACAAGCCCAGAUUCGAAAAGUAUACCCCGGACUUUCGUGUUUUAAAGAUGGAGUUCGACAGAUUCCAAUAGAAAGCAUUCCUGGAAUUAGAGAGACAGGCUGGAAGCCGAGUGGAAAAGAGAAAAGUAAAGAGCCCAAAGACCCUGACCAGCUUUACAGCACGCUCAAGGGCAUCCUCCAGCAGGUGAAGAGCCAUCAAAGCGCUUGGCCCUUCAUGGAACCUGUGAAGAGAACAGAAGCUCCAGGAUAUUAUGAAGUUAUAAGGUUCCCCAUGGAUCUGAAAACCAUGAGCGAACGCCUCAAGAAUAGGUACUACGUGUCUAAGAAAUUAUUCAUGGCAGACUUACAGCGAGUCUUUACCAAUUGCAAAGAAUACAACCCCCCUGAGAGCGAAUACUACAAAUGUGCCAAUAUCCUGGAGAAAUUCUUCUUCAGUAAAAUUAAGGAAGCUGGAUUAAUUGACAAGUGAUGUUUUCCCCCUCUGCUUCUUAGAAACUCAUCAAGCAGUGUGCCUAAAGCAAGGUGGUUUAGUUUUAUAAAGAAUUGGACAUAAUGUAUUGAAGAUACUUGUAAAUGUAUUAAUUAGCACUUUUGAAAAACAAAACAACCUCCUCUUAGCUUUUCAGAUACGUAUUUAAAUUGAAGUCAUAGAACAUUUUUAUUUUAUGGAAUAGAUUUUAAUCUAUUUACUACUAUUAAAUGUAAAUUUUCUAUGGCAUGUCCAUUAGCUGAAUAUUCAGUAAUAGAUGAUCAGGGGUUUCCUCAAAACCUGUUAUGAGGAAAUUGCACAUAGUACCAAGAUUUGGGGGAAUGCAGAAACUUUUCAGACCAUGAAUGUUUCCAUUUUUUCCUAAUGGAAUGUGAGAGUUUAUUUUUAUUUUAUUCUGAAGGACUUUAAGGAAGGGAUACAUGACAAAGAGCCCAUAAAAGGUGAAAUAUGUGAUGUGUGAAGUCUCAUUGUAGACUUUUUAUAUAUAUUUUUAAAAAACACUCAUCUAGAUGAGGUGCUUUGAGCAGUUCUGAAAAAUGCAGUUCCAGAAAAGCAACUGCUUUGAUUCCUAAGGAAGAAAUUCUAAAUAAUGCAAAGUUUUUUAUAAGCAUCUGGGUUUUUGAUAAUUCUAUCUACCUACAAUAAACUUGUGAGCACAUAACCACUAUUUUAAUAAUUAUUUUCUCUACACAAAUGUGUAAUAUUAUAUUUGACUUUGCUUAUGCAGGCCAUAAGUUCCAAAAGGCAUCUCCUGAUGCACAAAGGCAUACAUUUGGAAACACUUGAGAUUGAAUCAAUGUGCUUUAAUAAGAUGCGUAAUCUACGUAUGUAUCAAAUUUGGUGAAUCCUUGUUCUAACAAAGAAGGAUUUUUUUUCUCAUUUUCUACGAUGUACACAACCCCACUGAUAAUGUACUAUAUGAGCAUUUUUUCCUGUUGCAUCUCCAUAUUAUAUUCAUUGUCCGAGGUGAAUUCAAUUACCAAGAUUUGCUGUCAGUAUUUUAACACCUACACUGGAAUACAGACCCAGGGUGAUAGCCCACUAAAAGCCAUCA